ACGAGCUUCUUCCUAUCUCGAAGCUCGGACGCUCAGUUCAGUACCGUCCGCAGCCCGUCUCUCUCUCUCUCUCUCUCUCGAAUUCCUUUCUUCAAUCUUCGCCCAUGUCGGUGUGUUCGUGUCGAUUGCUGCACUUCCCAUGGCUAUUGCUGAAGCCUUCGACUCCGACAACCUCAGCUUUCGCAACCCCAGAUAGAAAUGGACGCAUCGGAAGGCUCUUCUCCUGCUGCUCCACUCAGACCGUGUCUCCUUCGCCGUCCUCUCUCGAAACUUGCGGCGCGCCGGGAAUAUCAGAGCCACUGAGAUGGCAAGCCUCUCUGAAGAAGAAGGUGGUAAUGCGGGUCGGUUAUGUGGGCACCAAUUACAGAGGUCUUCAGAUGCAACGAGAUGAGCAUUCAUUGUCCACUGUAGAAGAAGAAUUGGAAACUGCUCUCUACAAGGCUGGUGGAAUUCUAGAGAGUAACUAUGGGAAUCUGCAUAAAAUUGCCUGGGCCAGAAGUAGCCGGACAGAUAAAGGAGUUCAUUCACUGGCAACUACCAUAUCGCUCAAGAUGGAAAUUCCUGAGAAUGCAUGGAAGGGAGACCCUUAUGGUAUCCAUCUCGCCAGUCAUAUUAAUGCAUAUCUUCCUGAAGACAUCAGAGUUUUUAGCAUUCUCCCUUCAAAAAGGAGCUUUGAUCCAAGACGGGAGUGCAAUAUCCGGAAGUAUUCGUAUCUUCUUCCUGCUGAAAUUAUUGGGAUGAGAAGUAAUUGUUCCUCCAGUGAAGUUGAUCAUCACAUAUCAGAUUUUAAUGAUAUAUUGAGGACCUUUGAGGUUCUGUUCUUGUUUCCCACUUUUUGCCCCCUUAUCCUAUCUUCUUUGUUCUUUAUUUUGUGGCUGCAUCUGUUUUACAAGAGGAAUUUUAACAGACAUCCAAAAGUCCCUUUUAUGUGGUAUGUGUCCUCUUUGCAGGGGGAUCAUCCUUUUCAUAACUAUACUGUACGUUCCAAGUACAGAAGAAAGUUUCCCUUAAAGAAGUCACGGAGAGACAAGCGUUCAACAAUGGAAGAAAAGCCAGUUGAUGCAGGAUCUGCAUCUGAACCAGAAGAAAGUGAUGAAGAGCUUAGGGAGAAUGAAUUUGCAAUUAAUUGUACGGGAACAGAUGAACAUGCUCCACAGGGAACUGGCCUUGAUGAAAAUUUAAUAGACUUUUGCCAAAGUCAUAGGGAUGAUCUAAGGAGCCUAAGUUCAGAUAAUGUUGUUAGGGCAAGAUGGUUACAUGAACCUGAUCAGAAUGACCGAAUUAGUUCUUCCCAUUUUAGAAAGAUUCUUCGUUGCUCUUGUGGCAAAUUGGAACAUCUGCUUGGGUCAGGUUAUGUUGAGCUCUCCAUCUGGGGGGAGUCUUUUAUGUUGCAUCAGAUCCGCAAAAUGGUGGGGACUGCUGUAGCUGUAAAGCGCGACUUACUUCCUAGAGAUAUUCUCACAUUGUCACUGGCCAAAUUUUCCCGUGUUGUGCUACCACUUGCUCCAUCUGAGGUAUUGAUACUUAGAGGGAACAAUUAUGUCAUGAGAAAGGGACCUAUUGAUUUUGCUAGGCCAGAAAUGACGGCAUUAGUGGAGUCAGAAGCUGUGUUGAGCACCGUUGACGAUUUUUACAGAUCAGUAAUGUUGCCUCAAGUUGCUAGAUUUCUGGACCCUUCAAGACCCCCUUGGAAAGAAUGGGUUGAGAGAUUGGAUGAGCACACUCCAAUUCCAGACACGCAGUUGGACAAACUCAGGGCUGCUUGGGAAUCCUGGAAGGAAACUGCCGAGCUUCGAAAAGGUGCUGUGUCUGUUGUUACUCGAUGAUCUAUGGACAUGUAUCACAGUGGGCAUCUUGCAAUGUGUUGAUUGGCUUCAGCGACUUCGGACAAUUGUGACCACGUGCAUUUAACAAGGCCAUAGCGUCUAUUGCUGCACUGAAGCAUGGCGCUGCGGCUUCUUGCACUGGCAUCUCCUUGUUUUUUGUUGGAUUCAUUUCAGCUCCAGCCCCUCUGGGAAUCUGCAGUGCCUAAUGAGCGGAUACACGUCCCUGUGGACAUGAACCCUCCUCUGCAUGUGUCCUAUCUCGUGGUUGACGUUUAUUGGAGGAACUUUCCCGACUCCGGACCGACAAACAGCGCGAAACCGAAAUUUUUACAGGUCAAAUUUGAAGUGACCGACAUUUGCUUCUGAAAGAUAAAAGAUUGAAGUUUCUGGAUUUGCUGAUUUGUUAUGUUGUAGUUACUUCUCAAGAAGCAUCUGACAUGGGGCGUUAACGUAUGAGACGGGAACGUUUUUAAGCAUCUGAAUAGCUAUCAUUUCAGUCUUCUUUAAUCCAUUUCUGCUUGUACCUUAGUGUCGAGUGUAGACUGUUGAGCCAUUGCUCGGAGUGGAAAAAUGUGUGAUAAAUGACAUUUGUUUAAAG